AUGGGCUAUCUUCCUUUCUUCUCUUUAGAAACAUGGAUUCUACUGAUCACAUGCUUCUGCUUGUUUUUUGUGUAUGGCAAGUGGACUCAUGGCAUAUUUGAGAAAUUGGGGAUCCCAGGUCCAAAGCCGUACACGUACUGGGGAACAGUUGGCAGGUACCACUCUGUUUACUACGAGGAUGACAUCGAGUGUGCUAAGAAGUAUGGAAAAAUAUGGGGAUCAUACGAGUUCAGGAAGCCCAUGAUGGCAGUGAUGGACCCCGACAUGGUGAAAGCCAUCAUCGUGAAGGAGUGCUUCACCUACUUCACCAACCGCAGGAACUUUCGUCUGAAUGGGGACCUUUAUGACGCUAUCUCUAUUGUUGAGGACGACGACUGGAGACGGAUUCGUCACAUCCUCACUCCCUCUUUCACCUCUGGCCGUAUAAAAGAAAUGUUUAGCCUCAUGAAACAUCAUUCCAGCAAACUCACAACCAGCCUGCAGUCCAAGGCGUGCAAUAAUGAAGUCAUAACAGUAAAAGACUUCUUUGGAGCCUACAGUAUGGAUGUGAUGGCCAGCUGUGCAUUCAGUGUGGAUGUGGACUCAAUAAACAACCCCUCACAUCCCCUCAUCAAACACGCCUCGAAGCUCUUUAAAUUCAACCCACUUCUUUUCCUCUUCCAAGGGUUUUUCCCUGUUCUUCUUCCUCUCAUGGAGCGGCUUGGGGUCUCCUUGUUUCCAAAGUCUUCUACUCAAUUCUUUAAUACUCUUCUGGGGAAGGUCAGAGAAGAACGAGACAGGAGCUCACACCAGAAUGCAGAUUUGCUUCAACAUAUGAUCAACUCUCAGACUGCCAGUGAAGCCAAGAAAGAAAAGCAGAAUAAAGGUCUCACUGAUCAUGAGAUUGUUUCUCAAGCCACAAUGUUUUUGUUUGCUGGUUACGAGACGAGUGCCCUCACUCUCGUUGCCUUGGCCUACAGUUUGGCAAGAAAUCCUGAAGUCAUGAAACGCCUGCAAGAAGAGAUAGAUUCCACUUUCCCUAAAAAGGGUUCUGUCCAAUAUGAAGAGCUGAUGCAGAUGGAGUAUCUAGACAGUGUCGUCAAUGAGUGUCUGAGGCUCUACCCUCCAGCUGGACGUCUUGAACGAAUUGCCAAAGAAACUGUAAAGAUCAGUGGCAUCACAAUCCCUAAGGACAUGCUCGUGAUGGUCCCAGUCUACGCUCUGCACCACGACCCCGAGCUGUGGCCCGAGCCCGAGGAGUUCAGACCUGACAGAUUCAGUAAACAGAACAAGCAGAGCAUCAACCCGUACACCUACCUGCCGUUUGGGCUCGGGCCGAGGAACUGCAUAGGGAUGCGUUUUGCUCUGGUUUUGAUUAAACUGGCCAUGGUGGAAGUUCUGCAGAACUACAGCUUCUCCGUCUGCGAGGAGACAGAGAUCCCUUUGAUAAUGGACCCAGAAGGUCUGGUUGGACCUCUGAAACCGAUCAAGCUCAAGCUGGUGACACGUUAAAUCGCCUCAGGAAAUGCCGACAACUAGGAGAGCUGAACUAUCGUCUAAAUGUAUAAUUUAGUAAUAACAAAUUCUGCUUAAAGUUUAUUCAGAAGUUUGUAAUCUCAUGUGACAUUGUGAUAGACCAUGACUUUAAUUAUUGAAGAAGUUCAUAAGUGAUGGAAAUGUUUGACAGGAAAAAUAUGUAUUGUCGAAACACUAAUUAAUAACAUUUUGUGUCAUGAUUACAAAUCAAACUCAACCAGAUUUGAAAAUAAGUAAACUCAUAAAACAAAAUGUCUGAAAAUGUCUAAUGUCAAGGAGGCAUAAUGACACAUUAACAUGGAUUUAUUUUCUUAUGUUAUCUUAUUGUUAAAAUGCUUUUAUCAAAGCUACAUGCAGCUUAAUCAAUAAAAACUAACUGGUGGUA